GGCGGCGGCGGCGGCAGCGGCGGCGGCAGCGGCAGCACCUGCCAGCGGAGGCCGAAGCAGGGCAUGGCGGCGCCGACUGUCCUGUGAGAGCAAAGCGGCCGCGGGGCUCGCCAUGCGCCGGCGGCCCUGACAUGGGCGCCAGCGGCUCCAAAGCUCGGGGCCUGUGGCCCUUCGCCUCGGCGGCGGGGGGCGGCGGCCCGGAGUCGGCAGUCGCUGAGCAAGCUUUGGUACGGCCGCGAGGUCGAGUCGUGCCCCCCUUCGUAUUCACGCGCCGCGGCUCCAUGUUCUAUGACGAGGAUGGGGAUCUGGCUCAUGAGUUCUACGAGGAGACAAUCGUCACCAAGAACGGGCAGAAGCGGGCCAAGCUGAGGCGGGUGCAUAAGAACCUGAUUCCUCAGGGCAUCGUGAAGCUGGAUCCUCCCCGCAUCCACGUGGAUUUUCCUGUGAUCCUCUAUGAGGUGUGAGCCUGGGGAGUGGCAGGCAUAAGCACUCCCUACCCCAUCGAGAAAGUCCCAGGCUCAAGGUGUGGCUUCCAUUAAGGAACCUAAGCUGGGGCCACAACCCUGAAUAAACUGCAUUGGCCUGGAAACUUCAGCUGUGAGCAGGGCAGUCCUGCAAUAUUGGUUGGGUGUUGGUUUGUAUGUGGACAAGAGGUGGCUGGUGGCUGGCGAGGGCUAUGGCAGAGUUACCAGCCCACCUUCCCCAGCAAUCCCUAUAAGGAGCAUGGCAGGGCAUAUGCUGGUCAGGAAUGCCUGGUUCCUGCACCCUUGCCUGGCCUGCUUUCUUCCAAGCUUGCCUAGGGCCCAGCCCUGCUAGGGGCUACAGCACUUUACAAGCAAGGUCUGCCUUCUUCCAGCCCCUGGGCUGUGGGAGCUAUACACAAGUGGGAACUUCCUUUCCCUCAUUUCCCUUACCCCCUUGUUGGAGCAUUUCAGCCGUUUGCUACCUCGAUUCCUUCUGUGUUGGACAGAGGCAGAGAGCAGUGCAAGCCUGAUUCUUCCUGCCUGCCUGCUCAUCUGUUCCGACUCUCAGAUGGAUGGACAGUUUUCUGGCUGUUAAUAGGAGAUGGGACUGGUGUGGGAGGAUUCUCCCUUCACCCAGGGCUGGACUGAUCCCUCCCCCAUUGCAACUACUGUUGCCCCCCCCCCCCCCCCCCACACACACACACACACCCAGUUGAGAGGGCAUAAGACAGACGGGAUCAGGAAGGGCUAUGAUGCCUGUGCCUAUGGGGAAUUGCCCCAACCCACCUACUUUGUCUAUUCCUCCUUGCCUUUGUGCCAGCCCCCCCAACACACACACACACACACACACACACCUACCUACCCCUGCUAUUGGGAGGAGAUCAUCUGCCACCCUUUGGUGAGGGACAGCACGCUAGGGCUGGUGCCAGUAGCGGUAAGGAGCCCACCACCCUUUUUCCUACAGUAUACCCAUCCCUCAGGAUCAGUCAACGGAAGGUACUAGAGCCCCUGGGUAGAGACAUAAAGGAGAGAUCAACCAUAAAGGAAUACUUAAAAUGUGAAAGUUUGUAAAUAGUCUAGUCCAUGAUGUUGGGGCAGAGUCUGAUUUCUACAUCAAAAUGACUUUUUUUUUUAAUUCCUUACUGUGCAAGCUCUGUGCUUUUAAGAGUAUGGGAAAUGGCUUGGGAAGGGUGGUCCCCAAUCUAAGAAAGCUGUUGUGUUAUUUGUUUAGUUUCAAUAAAAUUAUUUGUAGACCCUGCA